ACUGGAGUAGCUGAAAUGCGAAAAAGGCAGCAGACACAAAAUGAAGGAACACCUGCUAUGUCUCAAGCACCUGGAAGCCAGAGACCCAACAACACAUGUUGCUUUUGCUGGUGCUGUUGUUGCAGCUGCUCCUGCCUCACCGUAAGAAAUGAAGAAAGAGGAGAUACUGCAGGAAGACCAGCACAUACCACAAAAAUGGAGAGUAUCCAGGUCAUAGAGGAAUGUCAAAACCCCACUGCAGAUGAAGUCUUGUCCUGGUCUCAAAAUUUUGACAAGUUGAUGAAGACUCCAGCAGGAAGAAACCUUUUCAGAGAGUUCCUCCGAACAGAAUACAGUGAAGAGAACCUACUUUUCUGGCUUGCCUGCGAAGACCUAAAGAAAGAGCAGAACAAAAAAGCGAUUGAAGAAAAGGCCAGAAUGAUCUAUGAAGAUUACAUUUCUAUACUCUCACCAAAAGAGGUCAGUCUCGAUUCUCGAGUUAGAGAGGUGAUCAAUAGAAAUCUCUUGGAUCCUAAUCCUCACAUGUAUGAAGAUGCCCAACUCCAGAUAUAUACUUUAAUGCACAGAGAUUCUUUUCCAAGGUUUUUGAACUCUCAAAUUUAUAAGUCACUUGUUGAAAGUACUGCUGCUGGCUCUUCUUCCGAAUCUUAA